AUGUUCUGGCGCAUGACCGGCCUCUCCGCGGCCUCGCCCGUGAGUUCCUCCUUCCUCUGCUGCAUCUCUCAGGUGGAUACAAUUCUGGACAAAGAAAAUUUUACAUUGGAAGAACUUCUUGACGAGGAUGAAAUUAUUCAGGAGUGCAAAGCACUGAACUCGCGACUCAUAAACUUCUUACGUGACAAGGCCCAGGUGGAACAGUUGCUUCGUUAUGUUGUGGAAGAAGUUCCAGAGGAUGCUGAAAGGAAGCGCUCUUUCAAGUUCCCUUUUAUUGCUUGUGAAAUAUUUACUUGCGAAAUCGAUGUCAUUUUGAGGACCCUAGUAGAGGAUGAAGAGCUAAUGGACUUGCUUUUCUCAUUUGUGAAACCUGAUCAUCCGCAUAAUACAUUAUUGUCUGGUUACUUCAGUAAGGUGGUAAUAUGUUUGAUGCUGCGGAAGACUGCUCCACUGAUGAGUUAUGUUCAGGGGCAUCCAGAGAUAGUUGUCCAGCUUGUUGACCUGAUUGGCAUCACAUCGAUAAUGGAGGUGCUGAUACGACUGAUUGGUGCUGAUGAGGCCAUAUAUUCAAACUAUGGUGAUACGUUGCAGUGGUUAGAAAAUACAGAUGUCCUUGAAAUGAUUGCAGAUAAGUUUAGCUCGUCGUUACUCGGUGUGCACCUCCAUCUCUUGCUGCUUGAAAAUAUGCAGUCCAAGAUUGUAGAAUUCAUCUCUGUGCUGCUUACAAUUGGAAGUGAAACUGCUGAAAAAGAGCUAAUAAGGCAGUCAGCAAUAAAGCGCUCGAUUAAUUUGUUCUUUGAGUAUCCAUAUAACAACUUUUUGCACCAUCAUGUUGAGAAUAUAAUUGUUUCUUGCCUGGAGGGUAAAAGACCUGAAGUUGUUGAGCAUGUUCUUCAUGAAUGUGAUAUUGUUGGUAAAAUUCUUGUUUCAGAAAGGCUUUCAUCUUUGUCGACUGAGUCUAAUGGGCCUACUGUUCCCUCUGAAGGGAAAACCCCUCCAAGAAUUGGAAAUGUUGGUCACAUGACAAGAAUAGCCAAUAAGCUUAUUCAGUUGGGCAACAGUAACAACACAAUACAGGCUUACUUACAGGAAAAUAAUGAGUGGGUUGAAUGGCAAACAAAUGUGUUGGUCAAACGCAAUGAAGUGGAGAAUGUUUAUCAUUGGGCUUGCGGGCGCCCGACAUCAUUACAUGACCGUGGUAGGGACAGUGAUGAUGAUGAUUUCCGGGACAGGGAUUACGACGUGGCAGCUCUUGCUAAUAACUUAAGUCAGGCAUUUCGUUAUGGGAUAUACAGCAAUGAUGACAUUGAAGAGGCACAAGGAUCACUUGAACGAGAUGAUGAGGAUGUGUAUUUUGAUGAUGAAUCAGCUGAGGUGGUAAUAUCUUCUUUGCGUCUGGGAGAUGAUCAGGACGGCUCCCUCUUUACAAAUUCAAACUGGUUCACAUUUGAUGGAGAGAGAGGCCUUGAUGACCGUUCAUCUGCUUCUGUUCCUUCAUCAUCCCCCAAUUCUGAGGAGACUUCACUAGAGACCGAGGAAGCUGAUGAUGGUAAAGUCAUUGGCACCGAGGAUGAAAUGGAAACAGUAUAUCUUGGAAAUGGUAGUGCCGAGGAGGUAAAAGAUGUAGCAGAAUGUACUGAACAGCCAAAUUGUUGUACUGAGGAUGAGCGAUUGAAAAAUACAGAAGGGAUGGAUCGGCAUCCAGAUGCUUCAAAUAACGAUACCAACAUAUGUACAGACGAGGCUGCCUCUGCUGCAGCAGAAUCUUCAGCCCCAUCAGUUGAGAUAGUGGCAGAGAAAACAGUAGAUGAACCAUUAGAGGCAGAAAGAACAGUGGAUGAACCGGACGAAUCAUCUUUGGACAGUUCUGUCUCUGUAGCUUUGCCAGCUCCUGUUAAUGGUAGUGAGCCUGCCAACUCUGAAGCUUCUUCUGAACAAGUUGCCCAUGACACUGGUGUGCAGCAACCAGUCAAGGAAGCUCCUGACGAGGAUGUUGAUGCAAAGAAAACUGAUGCAGCCCAAGCAAGCGAGUGA